CUCCUUUCUGCCUCUGUGUCGUACCGGGUCCCCGCAGCGACCGUUGGGCCUCCAAAAAGCAACAUGUCUAGCAAAAAGGCAAAGACGAAGACCGCCAAGAAGCGCCCUCAACGUGCCACUUCCAAUGUAUUUGCAAUGUUCGAUCAGUCACAGAUUCAGGAAUUCAAGGAGGCCUUCAACAUGAUCGACCAGAACAGGGAUGGCUUCAUUGACAAAGAGGACUUGCACGAUAUGCUCGCCUCCCUUGGAAAGAAUCCAACGGAUGAAUACCUAGAUGCCAUGAUGAAUGAGGCUCCAGGCCCCAUAAACUUCACUAUGUUCCUCACAAUGUUUGGUGAGAAGUUAAAUGGCACAGACCCAGAAGACGUGAUCAGGAAUGCUUUUGCUUGCUUUGAUGAAGAAGCAACAGGGUACAUUCAGGAGGACUACCUGCGAGAGCUGCUGACAACAAUGGGAGACAGGUUCACAGAUGAAGAGGUAGAUGAGCUGUACAGAGAGGCACCCAUCGACAAAAAGGGGAAUUUCAACUACAUUGAAUUCACGCGCAUCCUGAAACAUGGAGCAAAAGACAAGGAUGACUGAGCAAAGCUCCUGAUACCUGCAGAUAGCUUCCCCCACCCCACCCCACUCCAGUAAUUUUAUUUCUCAGGAUCUGUUUUUUCUUUUUUUCUUGUUGGGGGCUUUUGCAUACAUUUUUAGCAUUCCAGCUUUUUGCUCUGUGGACUUUGGGGCUGCUCAGGCACACCUGCACCUGUGUAGUAAGACUGGAAGUGGGCAGGGGGAGAGGACAGCUUACAGUGAUAGAGGUUUAGGGACAACGCUCUGUGAGUGUGGAGGCCCAGGUAAAAAUGUCAGUGCUACUCAUCCUAGCGAGAUUAAUUUUACAUUUUUAAUGGUAACUUUUCAAAUAGAACACUGCUAUAUUAAGUACGUCAUUAAAAUUUUCAUGCUAGAAGUGGACUGUUUAUCUAAUCAUAUCUGUAAAUAUUUUUGCAACUGUAUGCAGUCGUGUUGUUACCUGUUUUUGCCUUAAAAAUGAAGCAUAAGUCACUUAAGCAUAUGAUGUUUGUACUUCGGUGACUGAGUACUUCACUUACUACUGUGAGCACAUACAAUGAAGAAAUUCCCAUCCUUCAAAUUUUAGUACAUUGUAAAUUAAUGAUUUCUGUCCAAGACUUGCACAUUAAACAUUUUAAAUCUUAUGGAUGUAAUUGAGGGGGUAUUUUACCACCUUAGCACCUCCAUUUCUUGACACUGAGUACGGUAUUAAUACUGCUUUUUAAAAACUUCUAUGGUAAAUCCUAGUGUUUUCUUAAAGAUACCGUGUGUGAGCAGAAUAUUUGAGUGAUGCCUCUUACCAGAUCUGCAGGACUGACAAUACAGAAUUCAUUACAUUUCA